AUGUACUUUCUUGUAUCAUUGCUCAGCUCAUCGUGGUUUCUCUCUCCAUCAAAUGCGUAUCUUUCCGAGUCAUGGUCCUUGAUGUCCAGUGAUCGACCGAACGUGCCCAAAUGUGUGGACAUUCCGGCAAAUUUGACGCUUUGUCAGAAUAUGCAGUAUACCCAAAUGCGACUACCAAAUCUGCUCGAUCAUGACACUUUGAGAGAGGUUGUUGACGCCGCUCGUGACUGGGAGAACCUGCUCCGCUUGAACUGCCAUCCAGACACACAACUCUUCCUGUGCUCUUUAUACGCGCCGAUCUGUCUGGAUAAAGAGAUUCUCCCGUGUCGAUCAUUGUGUGAAGCGGUGAAAAAGGGCUGUGAACCGCGAAUGUCGGUCUACGGUUUCCCAUGGCCUGAGAUGCUUUCAUGUUCUCGAUACGAGGAUGGCGAUAUGUGCAUUCAGCCGGUGAACUCGUUGAAACCCACCGAACCCGCCUGCUCAGCCUGUAAACAAGUGGCCACCUACGAGAAUUUGGUUGACAAUUUCUGCAGAAGCACGCUAGUUGUGAAGGGAAAAGUCGGCUCGGUGCUACCAAAUUCGAUUAAAGUAAGAAAUGCGAGAUCACUGAAGAAAGGCGAUCGGAGGAGAUCUGUUGGCGAUACGGAGAUCCACCUCUCGAAUGCUGGCCGGGAAUGCCCGUGCGAGGUGUUGAACACCAAUGACAAGAGUUCCCGUGUUUUGAUCAUGGCUAGCCGCGACGCUCAUGGACACUAUGUGGCCAAUUUGAUUGUACCCUGGCAAAAGGAGAAGCAAUUCAAACGCGCUAUUCACCAUUUCCAGCGUCUCAACUGUCACUCGCUUGGACGCGAAAUUCGCGAAUCGGCCAGACGACGACCCCACGCCUAUCACAUGAGAACCCACGAUCUACCACCGCUU